AUGCCCUCGGCAAAAGUUCCGAUCGUGCCCUGGCGGAAGAUGUGGAAUCGGCUGAGCUGUGAGCCGUUCGCAUGUGGCCUUGGCUUUGCAACCAUUGCGGCUGACCGGAUCGCCGAUUGCUCGGCCCUGGGCCGUGUCAGACCUCAUGUCUUGCCUUUCUGCGGCAUGGAGCAGAUGGUGCGGCCCAGCCAGAUUUCUUUCAAGGCGCUUCUGCUGCGCGAGUGGCUGAGAGACCUCGAGGUGACCAUCCCAAACUUAGAGAUCUCGAGUGUCCGGUGGCUGGGCUUUGAGGUGAACAUCACCGGGGGCACUUGCAAUGGCCUGGAGCUGGAAGACAUCAGCGCUGUGUCCGCAAACGAUCCGCAGCUCUUCCGCACGAGCCUGCGCACGGACCUUGGCCUCCGAUGCGUGGUCAACACCUCCGUCCAGGUGCCCGGGCCUUCCGCGCGCUGCGAGGUGGAGCUCCAAAGCGCCGCCUCAGUGAUGCAGCUGCAGCUCCAGGUGCCCAUCGAGGAUGGCUUGCCUGGGCAAGUUGCAGCCACCUGCGAGCUGACGCCGGAUUUGACCUUGUUGCAUUUCCGCACAAGGUCUUUGGCAUGUGAGACCUUGCGUUUGGCCGAGACCGCCAUUCGCGCAUUUAUCAAUGACCUGGCAGCGCGUUUGGUCUGCAACAAGGUGUCCUCCUGGAUCGGCACAUCGCUGUCCCAGGCGAGCGCGGCGCUGCGCAGCAAGGCGGCGCCGUUCCUGAAGCCGGCGAAGGCACUCCCGGUGCCAGCGGUGGAGGCUCUGGACUUACAAGAGGUCUUUUGGAAGGGGCCCAUGGGCCGCGUGCUGCGGUCCUUCAUGAAGGAGGUGAUACAUACCGGCAACGCCGCCCAGAUGGACAAGGUCUUGGGCUUGCUACUCAGAGACCUGGGCUUCUCGGAUGGCAAGGUGUCAUUGCCCACCGAUCGCCUCAGCCACAAGGGCUCCCUGCCGUGGAUCCAAGAUCUGCUUCUGUCGCUGCAGACGCAGAGCGCAUCCCUGGAUGUGACGCAGUUGGAGGACCUUCACUUCCGUUUCACCGACCCAAGUGCUGCCAGCAUCUCAGGUAGCGGCCGCUGCCCCCGCCCCACGUUCAAGAACACGUACCAGUCCGGUUUCCUCUCCAUCCUCUACUCCAUCGGCAGCAAGCCUUUGCAGAUCUGGGACAAGAAGGUGCGCAAUGGCCACAUCAAGCGCCUCACGGACUCGGACAUCCAGUCCAGCGUCUUGGAGAUCAUGGGAACCAACGUGAGCACCACCUACAUCACCUGCCCGGCGGACCCGGCGAAGACCUUGGGCAUCAAGCUGCCCUUCCUGGUGAUGAUUAUCAAGAACCUGAAGAAGUACUUCACCUUCGAGGUCACGGUGCUGGAUGACAAGGAGGUCAGGAGACGGUUCCGGGCCUCCAACUACCAGAGCACCACCAGGGUGAAGCCCUUCAUUUGCACCAUGCCCAUGCGACUGGACGAAGGCUGGAACCAGAUCCAGUUCAACCUCUCGGACUUCACCCGGCGCGCCUACGGCACCAACUACAUCGAGACCUUGCGGGUGCAGCUCCACGCCAACUGCCGUAUCCGCCGCAUCUACUUCAGCGACCGCCUCUACAGCGAGGAGGAGCUGCCCCCUGAGUUCAAGCUCUUCCUGCCGGUGGCGCAGAAGGCCCAGCAGGCCGCGCCUUCAGCGCCGGCGCAGUGA